CACAGUUUUUAACCAGCAGGCUCGGGUUGCAGUUUGAAAUCUAAAAUUAGGGAGGCACCCCCCCUCUCAGUAAAUGACGCAAGGGGCCCAAACUGGAGCGUGUCGUCGUCUCUGCGCUCCGCUGAUAACAGGACUGGGGGCCAUGGAGACAUUCCUCACAACUCCCUGCUGUUGUUGCCGAUGACACGGGGCUGCGUGUAUUUUUUAGCUGCUGUUGUCAUGUUUUCGUAACGGCCCUGCCGCUUCUCUCGCUAUAAAGGACUGCCGUUCAAACAUGCAGCUGUACAACAGCGUUCUCACACACUAUCCGAGGGCGUCUAGGUCCGGGAAAGUCACUGUCACUCUGUCCCCGGCGGCUGAGCGCUCCAAAGGGGCCGCGCAAAGUUCCUCUGAGGUCGACGGACAACUUCAAGUGCGCGCAACUUCAUCUACCGACAGGGGUGAGCCAAACAUGCCAGCCCUUUCCUGUUAUGAAGCCUCAUCGGUGAGGCCGGUUCACUUCACAUCUACGGCGGAGAUAAUAAUCCGUAGACCCGAUGGAGUGGAGAGGUCUGUGCCAGUUCACAUCCUAAAGGAGCCCAAUAACAAGCUGCAAAGAAGUGAGAAUCAGCUCUACAAUGACUGUGAUUCAGAUAUAACGGUGGUGGGGAUGGAUCAUGUGCCUAAUGGGACUGGUGAGAUGUUUCCAGGUAAUCAUGUUUUCAGGAGCAACAAUAUCAAUGGGACAGUGAGGAAUUCAUAUCAACCAGAAGCUGCUUCACAAACAUCUUCUAGAAGGAAUGGAUUUCCUCUGGUUGACAUAGAAGAAAUGUCUCCCGUUGGUUCAUCCAGUAAAGACUUUAACAAGGAGAAGGCAUUUGAGCUCAGCGUCCUGCAAGAAUCUCAGCCACAGAGAUGCCAAGAAACGGGGUGCAUCAACGAUAAGGUUACCCGCUACCUGGCCGAGGUGGAGAGGCAGAACAAAUACCUCCAGGAUAGGCGCAAGUACAGGUACCACAUCAUUCCAGAUGGCAACUGCCUAUACAGAGCCGUGUGUAAGGCGACAUACGGGGACCAGGCCAAGCAUGGGGAGCUGCGGGAGCAGACCGUGCACCACAUCGCUGACCACCUCGACGAGUUCAUCCCCAUCAUCGAGGGGGACGUCGGGGAGUUCUUGAUCAAUGCGGCACAAGACGGGGCAUGGGCCGGGUAUCCGGAGCUGCUAGCCAUGAGCCAAAUGCUGAAUGUCAAUAUCCACCUUACAACUGGCGGCAGCCUGGACAGUGCCACAGUAUCCACCAUGGUGCACUAUCUCGGGGAGGAGGAUGCCUCCAAACCUGCAAUCUGGCUCAGCUGGCUCAGCAACGGUCACUACGAUGUUGUCCUGGAUAAGCGCCUCCCCAAUCCGGAGUACGAGGACUGGUGUCGACGAUCGCAGAUGCAAAGGAAGCGGGACGAGGAACUGGCGAAAUCAAUGGCGGCCUCGCUGUCUAAGAUGUACCUUGAACAAAACGGUUCUGUUUGAAUUUAAUACUGUGUAACAGUGGACAUAUUUUGUUACAGAAGGAAAGAUAGACUUAUUUUGUUUCUACCUGCUUUAACUUAUUUUUGUAAGAUUUCUUGGCUUAAAUGUAUGUGCAGUGCACAGACUUGAGUUUUCUAUUUACAAGAACUCCAGGAUUGGAGUUUGAAAGGAUGUAUGGCUGUUUUUUGGAAGAUUUUAGUUAUGUUGAUCUGAGUGAAUAUUUGAGUUUGUUUUCUUGAAGUUUAAGGAAUUUAUUAGCCUUUUGUUUGGCUGACCAGUUGGAUUUCUCUGACAUAUGUUGUGUAGCAGUUGCCAUAUAUUUGAAAGUGGGUUCCCUGCAGUCUGGAAUUUGCUUUGGAAUUUGUCAUUUCUAGGUCUGAAUGAGUAGAGGAAAAGAAAAGUUUAGGAAAAUGUUUUAUAUUAUUUUCUAUUCAAAGGACAAAAACUAAUAUUUAAUGAUUGCAGUGAUUUUAUUUCUAGAUGACUUGCUUUGUCUUUUAUUUGCUGCACUAUGACUUGAUUUUUACAGUUUAUCCAUUAUCGCUUUGAUUUUUGACUUUCUGACUGUAUGUACUCUCAUUCAUUAAAAAAAGGCAACUUUACUACCUUUUUAGCUGCAGCUAACUUUAAAUUGAAGUCUUGGUAAAAUGCAAGGCUGAUUUUAAAAUUAAGCUGAUCUAAGUUUGUUAAGACAACAACAAAGACUGUUAUAUUUCACAUUCCAAAUAUUAGGAUCUCACGUACACAAAUAAAUCCAAAAUGUUCCCAAAGACUCCUCAGAAAACUGCCUAUUUGAAUCAGGAAAGCAUGAGAUUUUAAAGUGAAAUGUUUUAAAACCUAUUUUUGAAAUACAUUGAAAUCUUUAUUGCAUUUCUGCCACUUUUUAUGCAUUUUGUAGAAUCUCCUUUUUCUUUUCUUAGCACAAAAGUUCCAACUAGGCAUAGGGUGGAAUUCUCUUUGUUUUAUCCCCUAGCAAAGCAUUAGCACAAAAGCACUAGAUAUAGUGUUAAUUAGAUAUAAUUAAAUAUAAUCUAAUUGGUUUUACUUAAAGCAGUAAUGUAUUCCUAAUGCUAUUCAAGCAAAAUAUUACAGGUAUAACCAUUUUUAUUUAUGUUUUAUUAUUUACAGUCUUUAGAGACAUGUUUAAAAUAGAGACUUAUACUAGCUGAAUUUGGCGUUAGUUUUAGAGCUAAUAUGCACUAAUUACUUAUUCUAAGGGAGUUUGUAGUUUCUAGCUUGUGACAAUUUGUUCUAUUCUUUAAUCUGAAAUAACCCAAACUACAAAUUCCUUUCUUUUUUAGCAAGUGACAAGUUUAGUAGUUUUCCUUUAGUCAUAGCUGACCACGAGAGUUGCACCAACAGUUAGCUGCACUACUUUAACACACCUGGAGAAAAUUCCAGUAACUCCAGCACUUUAUCCGGUAUCUCAUUCUACCAAUUAUAAACUCUAAGAAUGUUAGAUUGUACAUUUUAGUACAAAUCUCGUUUUACCAUCAUACUAGUAUCCUGUCCAUGCCUAGUCCCAACAUAAUUGUUGGAAUUUAACUUAUUGUCAUUUAUUCCCAGUGAUUUGUAUUAAUGUAAACAAUUUCAUGUUUUUGGAUUACUUCUGAAUAAAAUAAGACA